CUCUACUUUAUCCCAGGUUUUAAUAGGAUUGGAGUUCUUAUUUUAAUCCACAUCUUUCUACCAUUGCAGGCAGCAGAAGCUGCGCCGUAACCCUACCACAGCCCGCAGCUAUAGCGGCCGAGGUCGGCUCUUCCGUGAAUUUAAGUUGUGAAUUUAGGCCAGGAGAGGAUCAAGUGACUGAGAAGAACCUGUACUGGUACAUGCCGGGGCCCGAUGAAGACAACGAAUUUUUUGUGUUUCCCCAUGUCGCCCCUGGAAUCCCCAACAACCUCUGCCAAAACUGUGUAGGGCGAACCAACCAGAACAACGACACGGAUAUGUCGCUGACCAUCGCUAAUGUCAGACUGCCGUAUACGGGAACAUACGUAUGUCACAUGUCAGUGCGUGUUAACUCCAAGAAAAAGCCUGUAUCCGGGAACGGUACCUACCUCCUUGUACACGAACCUCUGGAUACAUCCAUCAAUGUCACCACCAAUAGUAUCCUCUGUAGAAGUGAAGUACAAGAAGUGAAGGAUGUAUUUCUGAUCUGGGACUAUGAUGGGGGACGGAUAGAGAACCCCACUUAUCCUCAGGCACUGAAGAGUUCCUAUGAGAUCAGCACUGAGCUCCAUAUUGGAAAGAUCGAGUGCCGGGGCCGGGAGAAUGUGACCGCCGUUUGUUUACUCCAAUACAUGGGCAACACCUUGACUAACCGGAGUAUAGAGUUCCCUUGUCCAGGAUCCUACGCAGGUGGCGGGAUGACGUCACAGCCUGUACUCCUCUAUGUCUUGCUCUUAGUAAGCUCCCUGCUAAUUCUGCUAAUCGUCACCCUGGUGUUCUGUGUGAGGAAGAGGAGGAGGAGGAGAGAAGAAUCAGACCUUGUGUACACCAACAUAGAAAACAACAAGUGACAUAAUGAUACCUCAACGCAAGUUAUUAUUUAAAGUGACAUUGAUGCAAAAAACGCAAAGCUAUUCGCCCCGUGGUACUGCAUGUGCAUUCGUUCUGUGCGAACUAACCAGCUGUUGGGAAAAUAGGGGCAAGAUCGAAUGUUCUUAAGCGUUUUUCUCUUCUAGCCGAAUGCUCUUCAGAUAUUUGGGGGCAGUGAUAAAGAUAGAUACGAACGUAGAGUGAGUCUAGGUUCACAUAUAUGCGGGCUG